AUGGCUGCUUCACUCAAUCUGGAAGAGGAUAGUGAACUGUGGGAGAUCGUCUUAGAUCGACUAUUUGUUCCAAUGUGUGAAGAAAAAUAUGGUGAAAUCACUAGACUUGUUCUAGAGCCCAGAUAUAAAUAUGAUGAAGAUGACAUAAAGAAGAUUGAAAAAGGCUACAAAGUAAAGAAGUUUGUCUGUGGUAUAGGUCAUGAUGAGUUUAAUCGUGUCUCAAUUUGUGAAACAGCAAAGAAGAUUUGGGAUUGCUUGAAAACAUCUCAUGAAGGAACUGAACAAUCCUGGGAAAGUAAGGUAGAUGCCAUCACUGAAGCAAAGGAUCUGAAGGUGUUGACAAUGGAUGCUCUUAUUGGAAAUUUCAAGACUCAUGAGAUCAACUGA